GAUUCCUCCUCGACCACCACGGCCCUCACCGACUCGCUAGACUAGCUCGUCAUGUCGUCGGCGCCCGUCUGCCGCUUCUACCAGCAAGGGCGCUGCUCGUUCGGCGCAGAGUGCCGCAACUCGCACGGCAACAUCCCGACAAAGGGCAACCCGUCCACCGGCCCCGCCCCCAGCUUCAACCGCGAAUCGAUCGAGACCGACCUCACUGUCGAGCUACCACGGUGGGCCCUGUCGUCGUACGGGCCGGGCAAGGGCGAGCCCAACCUGCUCAAGGACCAGGACGUCAGCCCCGACGAGCUUCGCGUCCAGUUCUACGCCGCGCGCACCCAGAACAACCCGAGCCUCUAUCCGGAGCAAGCGCUCGCGGCAAAGGCCGAAGCCGCCGUCCAGAACGCCCUCAACAACCUCGACCAGGCGCACCAGUUCGCUCUCUCCCAGUCAUCCACCUCGGCCUCAUCCACUGCCCCUUCCACCUCCUCUUCUGCGCCCAACCCGUUCGGCGCCGCCUCGACACCCGCUCGACCAAGCGCGUUCGGUGCGUUCGGGUCCGCCACGCCCUCGACCCCGUCCGCGUUCGGCACCAAGCCCGCCACGACCGCCUUCGGUACCCCAGCCCCCUCGGGCGGCGCCUUCAGCGCCUUUGGCUCCUCGGCGAGCAAGCCGUCGGCGUUCGGCGCGCCCGCACCAGGCGCCGCACCCGGCUCGGCCUUUGGGGCGGGAGGGACCGCCGGCUCUGCGUUCGGGGCCGGCGGCACGUCGGCGUUCAAGCCUGCGACCGGCUUCGGUGCGGCGGCUCCUGGUGCGACGAGCGGCGGCGGCGGGUUCGGCGCCUUCUCGAGCAGCGCGGGCUCGUCGUCGUCGACGCCGAGCGCGUUCGGCGGCGGCGGGUCCGCGUUCGGCGCAGGUGGAACGGCGCCUAAGCCCGCCUUUGGGGCUUCGGCGUUCGGCGCUGGCGGGACCGCAGGCGCGCCCGCCGCGUCCAAUGGGUUCGGCGCUCCAGCCUUCGGGUCGAGCGCGACGCCCGCGUUCGGCUCGUCCGCCUUUGGCUCGUCGUCGUCGACGCCGGCGAGCGGCUCGGCGUUCGGCCAAUCCGGGUUCGGCGCGGCGGCGUCGACGCCGGCGAGCGGGUCCGCCUUUGGAGCGUUCGGCACGGCGCCGAAAGCGGCGGCGGCGGCGACACCGGCGCCAGCGCCAGGCGGCGGGUUUGGCGCGUUCGCCGCAGGCGGUACUGCUGCCGCGAGCGCGCCGGCGUUCGGCCAGAGCGCCUUCUCCUCGGGCGGGACGGCGCCGGCGACGAGCGCGUUCGGCAGCGGCGGCACGGCCUCGACUGGGUCGGCUUUUGGCGCAGGGGGAGCGGCGCCGACAGCAGGGAGCGCGUUCGGCUCGGGCGGGACGGCGGGCGGUUUCGGCGCGUUCGCUCAGCCGGCGACGGCGCCUGCUGCCCCCGCCGGGACGGCAUCUGCGUUCGGCAGCGGCGGGUUUGGAGGGUUCGGCUCCGCUCUCGGCGUCGCGCCGUCAGCGCCUGCGCCUGCGCCCAUGCCUGCGUCGUCAUCGUCGUCAGCAGCAGCAGGUCCUGAUCCAUACGCCGGCCUCGAGGAGGAGCAGGAACGAAGCGAGGAGGAGAUGGCGAUUUGGCGGGCGCCGCGGUUCGAGUGGGGCAUGAUUCCUCUGACGGCACCGCCCAUCUCAGUCAGCAGCUGCGCCGAGCGGGGCGCAUCGUCGUCCAAUAUCGGCGGCGACAACCAGGCCAUGGACGACGGCAAGGGUGACUACAAGGUCGAGGGCGGCGUCAAGAAGCGCGGCUUUGUCCUGUUCUCGCGCCGCGUCGCCGUCUCGAGGCACUGA